AUGUCGCCGCCGCAUCCAAUGACAUCGACCAACCCUUUUCAGCACCAACCACGCAACUCUUCGACACCUAUCUUCGCUCCAAUGCUACUCUCGUCAGCAAUGAUGAUGUCUCAAGGAGUGGUGCGGACUUCCAUGAAUACCCCAGCCCUCAUGACCGCCCUAUCCUCAACCGCUAGCGGUAACGCGGAUACCCUCUCGACGACCAACCAAAACGUUUUAACCAACGCCACAAUCUCACGUCCACCUUCGAUCGUGCACGCGUCGCCCGUACAUAAGCAGCCGCCUGGACAGCACUCCACCAGCACCCUGGAAAUUUCAAGCUCAACCAUGGAGACAGCCCCGGCCUCGACCUCGACACCACCAAUGCAACCCUCGAGCUCGAUUCCCCAGACGGAGCAUUUCUACCCAACCCAGAUGCAUGGCGGCUCCGCUGCGUCGGCAGCGGUCCCGACACCGUUGACGACUUCAUCGAGCACCCGCACACGCUCCAUGUCGUACUCUGGGCCGUACGCCUUUUCCCACUUUGGCUUUACUAACUACUCUACGUCGAGCCCUCCCGUUCCCGGCGCGGCGACGUACACACCACAUCCCCUGGCUCAGCAACCUAUAACACUCUCGCCCCCAGGUAUGGAGUUCUCGUCGAGCACUUCAACCCAGACGAGCAACUAUCCUGAGCCAGAUGCCGUCGCGGACGCAGGUGCAAAGGCUCGUUCGUCUCCGCUGAGCUCCGACGCCGUUGGGUACUACAACGCUGAUCUACCAAUCUCUGGGACACCUUCCCCUAUGCCUCUGUCUAUUUCAGGCUCCAGCAAGGUCCCCAGCCUGCUGCGCUUGUCGAUCCCAAUGUCCGCGGUCAACAAGACUUUGGGCAACUCCCAGUUCGCCCAGUCAGCUCAGAAUUAUCGCCAACAAGAGCAUUAUGGGUCCCAGGCUGGGGGCGACGCGUACGUAGCCCAGCAGCGCGAGCGCGAGAGUGCGCUUCCCCCGCCACUUCCACCUCUGGCUUCCUCCAUCGCGACUGGGGGAGUCUCAACGCUCCCCAGAAGUAUGAGUACCGGUAGCAUCCACGGAAGCACAGCUUCGAUCUAUUCUCCACACAACGGUCAUCAUGCUCUUCACCGUCAGGCCAAUGGAGGUCACCCGUUGUUCAACUCGACGGUGACGCCUUUUUCUCCCAUGUCCGGACCCUAUGGCUCGACUUCUUCUUCGUCUGGCUCGCUUGGGUCACCAUCGCCCCCGGCGUCUUACACGACGAAUCCAGCGCCAAACGCCCCGAGAAGUUCUAGCCGUCUCGCUGGUCCCCCAUUGACCAUUCCGUCUGAACCAACGUUCUCUCCAGAGACGAACUCGGUCGCGCCCGCUUCCGCCACGUCGUUGCAGCCAAAUCCCUACUUCCCAGACCAAGAUUAUGCGUACACUUCUAACGCACUCAUGGCCGGAGGUCACGGUGGUGUGUCGCCCGUCGCGAUUACACCAACGGUUGCUGGAAACCACGGUGGUUCUACUGGUGGUGUCAUGUCCUCGAUGAUUUCAAUGCGUGGCGGGACCACGUCGAAUGGCGGUAGUGUUCCUAUUACGCCUAUCACGGGACCUCCGAUGGGAAUGGCGAUGAACUCUGGUUUAGGCAUGAUGGACGGGGACGAAACGCUCGAUUAUUACUCUCGUCUUGCUGGUGGACUCGCGUCAGGUAUAAUCGCGGAAGAAGAUACUACCAUGGAUGGCCAAGCGCAUUCGCUUCAGCAACAAGCUCUUCAGCGCGCUCCGCAAAUGGAUUACGGUUGUACCGACGAGAAUACGGACGAGGCUACGGCGAGGAUGAUGAUGCUGGGUGUCAUGACGCCUACUCAUACGACCUCGAAUGGCAAUGUCAGCCCUCGCCAUAUCUCCUCCAGCGGGCUCUCAAUGACUCCCACGGCUUCAACUGGACCUGGCUUCGCCUCUAUAAACAGUACAGGCAAUAGUCCUAUGGGGGGUGUCACCCGUACUGACAGAAAGCGGCGCUCCACAACGUUUACGGCUGGUCCAAACGCGGCCGCUGGUGCGUCCAGAAGCCGCAGUGGUACACUCGCCAAUGGUGGUGCCAUCCAGCUUGGAGGUGCCUCCUCGGCAAGUGCCUUGGGCAUCGCGAGCGCAUCCCUCUUGCAACCGACACUCUCGUCCAUGCAGCAAUCGCCUUCUCAACUCACUGCGAACUCCAGUCUACCUUAUGGACAUCCACAACAAUCGUACAACGUAUCUCACCCUCUUGGUGCCCAGUUGCAUGCGUUGUCACCCAUGUCUACGAUGCCGCUCCAGUCAAGCCUGUCCUCAGCGUCUCUGUCCAACCUUUCCUCUGCAGGAUCGUUGCCAUCAUCUACAGCUGGCGUCUCUCUCAGUGUCAACUCGAACCUGCCCAACAACUCUCCACUUGCGAUGAAGGAGCUGAGUCCGACAAUCAAACCCGUCAUCGAAGAGUAUUUGCUGCGCUACCUCAAUCAUCUUUGCAUGAAUCCCCUUUUGCUCUAUCUAUCAUCCCUCUCGCCCUUUGCCAACCUGCUCUCCAUUUCCCAAGCUCCUUCGGACGACCUACCUACCUCCAUAUCACGGCGCCCGAGGCCGAGCUUCUCCUGCUCUUUGAUCUCACCUCCACGCCUGGACCGAGACGGGAACGACCGACCACCCACCGAAGCUCACUAUCGUUCCGCCGUCCCAAUGGCCCGUUAUCAGCCAAGCCUGGCGUGA